AUGACUGUUGGCGGCGCCGAAAACAAGAUGUGCUGGACGAUUGUGGCCGUGAAUCCGCAGUUUGUUAGGCACAUCAAUAUUCAGCGGCGGCUGCUUGAGGCCCUCGGGCUAACAGAAUCGCAACAACUGCAGGAAACGCCUACUGGCUGUUCAAGGCGAAGAACGAGGCGAAGAACGCUCGAGACUCAAGAUUUUUCAUAAUUACUCUCGGAGGGUGUCCAUCAGUCUUUCAAGUGUUCGAAUAUAAGAAUAUGAUCUGAAAAAGGAGAAAUACCAAACUCUUCAAGGAAUCAUACGGUAAUAACCAACAAUAUUGACAAAUGCUUUUCACUGUUCGACUUCAGAUUAAUAUACUGAAGCUUCAUCAUCAAGAAAUUUUUAGGGGGAAUUUAAAACUGUAUUAUAAAAAUUUGCCUUCAAAAUCUCAGAAUUCUCAGAUAAAAAUCUGAUUUACGACGCAAAAACAAUUUUUUUGCGCAAAUUUGAAAAAGUUUCAGGGUGACGCAGAACUAUGUCAGGUGUCCCUAUUGAUAAACUUCAUUGAGUUAAUGAAUCUCCCCUCUAGUUAGGUGAAACUGGAAAUUUAUACAAAUAGAGAUUUAAAAAUGCUGCUGUUUUGAAAACACCAAAAGAUCCUUGACCGUUUUUUUGGAAUAAUUGAAUAUUCCAAUCUUUUUUUACUGGCUCAGAAGCUCAGGGAAGGCUUCAGUCGCUUUUUUUAUUUAUUAAUUUAAGGCCUAUUUACCAAUUUUUUUCUCUACAACCUUACUUGUACAUGUUAUUUUUUCUUCCUAUAGAUAAAAUUAUUAUAAAACUCCGGCUUUUUUUAUAAACCAUGAACGGCUGUAAGAACAUUUUUUUCCGUUGACUCCGUCCAACCUGCUAUUAGAAAAAAAUUGAUUAAAAAAAGGUGAGUGAAAGUUUUUUUGCGAUUUUUCAGGGCUUAUCAAGUUUUUUUCUGCAAUUUAUCUGUUUAUUAGACGCUGCUAGCUUUGAAAAAAAACUCGUAAUUAUUUUUAAAAAAAUUUAAUUUUUUUCAAUAUUUUUGAAAGCUACCAAAAAAACCGCUCUCUCCUUCCAAAGCUUCGAGAAGUUCUGUAGAAGUUAUGUGAGAUCGUGUUACAUUUUCGCAGUGUUGGAAUACAGUUAACAGGUGAAAAGCGCGUUGGUCAUUGCACCGGAGAGCUCGGGUUACUAAUACGGCGAGAUUAACAGGUGUAUGGUGCUCGCGAGACAACACUGACAGUUUAUAUUUCGGCUCAAUUCGCUUGCGUCGAGUGACACGAUCAGUAUUCAUCCACUUACCUAUUACACCGUUUGUCCCUUUUUUCCUCAUUAGAUAAAUUUAGACAAAAGAAAACUUUUUGACAAAUAUCCUUGGCGAAAAAAGAAGAUAUCUCCCAAUUAUACAACUAUUAUCUUACGGCAAAAUUAGUGGAAUGAUAAGCCGAGUUUUUGAAAAUACUGCACGAUCCUAACGAUUUGAAAUAAAAAAACUAUCUUCCUUCCGAAACAUAUGUUUUCAUUCAAAGUCAUGUUUCCUUCUGUUUAUCAAUUUUCUUGAAAGUGAGCAAAGUUCAAUCGAAUCAAAAAACUGAGCAUUCAUACAGAAGCUCUUGAGAGUUUUUGUCGGCUAUUUGUGUUGGCCCAAAAAGAUGAAAUUUCACACGAGCACUUACAGUUCAGCGCAAAUUUGGCUUCAUCUGUCCACUUUACCGCACGCUUCCUCAAUUGCCCCUCUUUUUCUUUUUACUUUAAAAAGGUAAAAAAAGUUUGAAAAUUGUGCAAUAGAAAGUUAGAUAAAAAAACAAAUAUUAGUCAGUUUUGAAUAAUAAACUUUUUUUGAAUGAUUAGGAAAUUAGAAUAAUUGCUUUUGCGGCUCCUAAACAGUCAUCACAAAAAAAGCUUCGAAUUAACUUGUUUGUUUGCAUUCAUAAACACAAAUGUCAUAUAAAAAAAACUAAUUUGUAGCGUUUCCAUUUUUAAUUGAAAAAGAACUAGCAAGGGCUAGGAAUGUACGAAAAAUUUCACUUUUUCUCCUUUAGCGACGACUCGAAAUAUUUUCUACGAUUUUUUUAGUUAUAAGGAUAUGAAUCUGACAUAACAGUUUUUUUAAAUUUUUAGAUUUGAGAUGUAAAUUUGCUGGACUGAUUGGUUGAGAUCUCUGAGAUUUUUUCUUUAGGAAAUAGUUACCUUCUUUGAUAAAAAUUCAGCCGCCUUUUGUUAUAAAGAUCGACCGAAUUUUUCAACCUGUUUAAAAACGUUUGUGUGGGCGCGAAGAGUGAAGAGCGGUCAAAGCUGUUCGUUUUCAACGCCGCGAAGAGCCGAAUGAGGAGUUGCGCGAAAAGUUCGCUGAUUGGAGUGCGCGGCAAAUACAGGCAGCAUUUGUCGGCCAAGUUCUUGCCUUGGUUUGACAGUUUCGCUACUACUUAUGUUAUCAUCCUAAUUAUUGAAAUAAUGGCAAAGCUCGUGUUCUUUUUUGUGGAAUUUUCAUGUUCAUUUUCUUUUUUUCGUUGCUUCUGAAAUGUUCUGAGGUUUUCUUGAACAUUUUUCAAACAACAGAGAAGGAGAAAAGCUUAAACUUGAUGAAAAUGCAGCUGAAGUUUGCUUUUUUGGAUCACCAAAAUAACUUUUCAGAAAUUUGACAGAUUAUAAUAACGUUUAGGGUUAGAAGCCUCCAUAUUUUCGAAAAUUUUCGGUAAACCUCGGUAACUUUUUUUUUCGCUCUGAAACCGAAUUUUUUCCUACAUGUAGAAGUGAAUUAACUUUUAGCGUUUGGGAGAAAGAGAAAAAAAUCAGCUGGCAAUUGUAUUUACUAGGAAUCAGCACCCGAAUUGUGAAAAUAGGCUCAUUUUUUACAAGUUUCCGGAGGAGAGUUUCCAGAAUUUAAUUAAUUUCUUUUCUUUGAUUUUCAUUGUGCUCGAAUUUCGAGAAAAAGAUACUUUAGUACCUCGAAAAUUUUUGAAAAUUCUUUCUCUCACUUUUUUUUAUUCUGAAACUCAUUUUCUCUCAGAUUUUGAACGACAAGAUUUUGCCUCACUCAUAGUCACCCUUUCUGAAUUCACUUUCCUUGACUUGAGCCAAAUCGCUGUCUACAGUUGGGAUUCUUCCCACGACAGCUUGGCGUAUGACGAAUCGGUUGGUGACACCCCGGCGUGA